CAGCAUCUGCUGCGCGUCCCCGCUCCCUCGCUCCUGUCUCGGCAGCGCGCGCCCGGACGGAGUCGCGCCGCGCCGUCCCGUCUCCUCCGUCCGAACCGAAGCUCCGCCGACCGACGGGAUGGAUCCGUGCGGCCCGUAGCGGCUCCGGUCCGUCUCGUUCCGGUUCUGCCUUCUAUCGUUUGUUGUUUUUAAAUCCGAGCGGUGAAAAUGGCGACGGGGGCGGGAUGGCAGCAGCAGCACAGCGGCUCCAGCAGCAAAUACAGCCCCAGCAGCUCCUUCUACGACCAGAGCCUCCAGCUGGAGUACACCCAGGACCUGCACCUGAAGAUGAGCAAGAAGAUCGCUCAGCUCACCAAGGUAAUUUAUGCUCUCAACACCAAGAACGACGAGCAUGAAGAAGAAAUCGAGUCUCUGAAAGAAGCUCACGAGGACGAGGUCCAACACAUCGUGACGGAAACCAGAGACAAGAUCAUGCAGUACAAGAGCAAAAUGGCGGACGAGGCGGACCUGAGGCGGCGGCUGGCCAGUCUGGAGGAAUCCGUCGAGCUCCACGAGCACAUGAAGAGACAGGCUUUAGCGGAGUUCGAGAUGUACCGGCAGAGGAUGGAGGAUUCGCAGCUCUGCACCGAGGCCCAGCACACACAGAGGGUGGUUUCUAUGAGCCGAGAGGUGGAGGAGAUGCGUCGGGAUUUUGAGGAGAAGCUGCGGUCGUUCAGCCAGGCUCAAGCCCAGUUUGAGGCCGAUAAGCGGCGGGCGCUGGAGGAGCUGAGGGCCACCCACCGCCAGGAGGUGGAGGAACUCCUCAACAACCAGCAGAACCAAAGCGCCUCCUCCACGGAAGACCAGGAGAAGCUGGCCGAGCUUCAUAGACAAGAGGUGGAGGCGCUGAUGGAGAGGGUGGAGGAGCUGAGCAAAGAUAAGGUCCGCCUGGUGGAGGAGUACGAGGCCAAGCUGGGGAAAGCCCAGGAGUACUACGAGAGGGAGCUGGAGGCCAUGAGGAGAACCCACCAGCUGACCACGGAGAACCUGCUGGCCUGGAAGAGGACCGAGGUGGAGCUCCGUAAAGAAUUCCAGGCCCAGGAAGCAGCUCUGCAGCGUUCCCUGUCCAAGCUGAGGAGUGAGCUCCAGAAGGCCCAGGAGGAGGCCAGGGAGAACCGGGACAAGACCAACCGGCUGCAGACGUCGCUGGCCAACGCCGAGGGAACCAUCAAGAACCUGCACAAGCAGCUGGAGGAGGCCAUCCAGGACGGGGAGAUCUGGGUGAUGCAGCUGAAGGACACCGAGUACGAACUGGAGGGCAGCAGGGAGCGAGUCCAGCAGCAGGCCACGGAAAUCCUCCACAAAGCCAGUCAGAUCGGCUCCCUGCAGGCCACCCAGAUGGCCCACGAGGCCACCAUCAGGAACCUGGACCAGGAGCAGAGCCGGCUGAAGGAGAAGAUCGGCCGGCUGGAGGAGGAGAGGGAGGCGCUGCUGAACCAGAGCCAGGCCGCCAACGAGCAGCACAAGCAGCAGGUGGUGAAGCUGGAGCAGUCUCUGCGUGAGGAGCACCAGGGCUAUGAGAAGGAGCUGUCCAGGCUGAGGGCCCACUACGAGGAGGAGACGCACCGCUUCAGGGAGGCCCAGGUCCGAGCACUGGAGGAGCUGGAGGAGAAGCACCGGGCCCUGAGGGAGGAGGCCCAGCAGGAGAAGGAGGACGAGAAGAAGCUGCUGAUGACGAAACUGAGUCAGGAGUUUGAGAUCAAGCGUCUGUCACUGGAGGAGCAAAGGGAUCGACUCCAGCAGCAACUGGACAACUUGAAGGAAGAGCUUUCAGCCAAACUGAACAUGGCCAAUCAGGAGGUGUCCCACCUCCAGGAGCUGGUCCGAGAGGGAGAGCAGAACAUGGGGUCGGCUCAGACCCAGAUCAGCUGUCUGAAGGAGACUCAGGAGAAGCUCAAAAUUGAACUGGACGCCACCAGAGCCCGAGUCCGAGAGACCAGCAACCUGCUGACAGACCUCCAGGAGGAGAUCGAGACCCAGAAGCAGCAGCAUGAAGCCAGAGUGAUGUCCAUCAGGACCGAGGAGAAGCAGAAGAUGGACAAGAUGGCCGACGACCUGGACCAGAAGUGGAGGGACGCGCUCCGGGAGGAGGUCCGUCUGCUGAAGGAGGAGCUGACUGAGGAGUACGAGGUGGACAAACAGGCGGCUCUGAACCAGCUGUCCCAGCAGAAGGAGCUGGAGAUGAUGGCAGCCAGAGAGGGAUGGCAGAGGAAGGUGGAGGACCUGCUGGAACAGAUCUCGCUGCUGAAGCAGUCCCUGGAGCUGCAGCUGUCCCAGUCCCAGUCGGCCCUGCAGCUGCUGCAGUCCCAGUUCAGCCAGGAGAGGGAGCUGCUGAGCCAACAGCUCAAAGAGAUGCAGCGAGAGCAUCAACGGAGGGAACAUCGACUGCAGGAGGCCCACUGCUGCGCCCUGAGCACCAUGGAGGAGGCCCGGCAGCACCAGAUCAGGGCCCUGGAGGAGCGUCUGAAGCAGGAGCAGAGGGAGGAGGUCCACGCCCUGAAGGAGGCCCACCGGAGAACCCUGGACAUCCUCAGGCAGCAGUCGGACCAGGAGCUGCAGACGCUGAGGUUCGAGCUGGAGGACGAAGGCAAAGCUAAGCUAGCUUCUCUCCGUGCAGAGCUCAACCACCUCCACGCCACGGCCAUCGAGCACCUGAAGCAGAUCCACCUGAAGGAACACACCUCCAUCAAACGGGAACUGGAGACCGCCAUGGAGCACAGCCACCAGCAGGAACAAGAGCUCCUGGUGCGCAUCUCAGACCUGCAGGCUGAGGUGUGUUCCCGUAGCAACCGCAUCACCGACCUGGACCACGAGAUCCACUCGCUGAACGAGACCAUCGACACUCUGACCAGAGAGCUGGAGCUGAAGGGCAAGGAGGUGCUGAGGGUUCGUAGCGAAGCCACCCACCAGAUCAGAGCCCACGAACAAGACCUGGUGAAGAGACACGAGAGGGACCUGGGGGAGAUGAGCGCCGUCCAUCACCGGGAGACGCAGAUCAUGUUGGCCGACUUCAACAAGGCCCAGGAGGUCCUCAAAGACAAGAUCUCUGCUCUGCAGAUCCUGCUGGAGGGAACGGAGGAGAAGCUGAGGAACCGAGAGAGUCGACCUGAAGACCUGCACCUGAUCGCAGAGCUCCGGGAGAUGGUGACCGAGAGAGAAGCUCUGGUCAAGAAGCUGGUGGACGAUAAGAAGUUCUACCAGCUGGAGUUGGUGAACAGAGAGACGGGCUUCAACAAGGUCUUCAACUCCAGCGCCAACGUCGGCGUCAUCAACCCUCUGAUCAAGUCAAAAACAGGCAGCCAAUCAGAGCAGCGCUUCACCAGCUUUCCUAGCCAUUCAGCCCUCCGAUUCGUCAGCCCUCCCACCACGAGUCAUGUCGGACAGGAAGGGGAGGGACGGGAGGAUGUAGGACCUCCCUCCCCCCUCCACAGGCCCCUCCCCCGGCUUCAGAAAGCCCCGCCUCUGCUCAGCCCUCUUCCUCCUCUUCCUCAGCAUCCUCCUCCUCCUCCUCCUCCUUCUCCUCAUCCUCCACAUCAUCCCAUGCCAAGCCUUGCUCUUCCUCAUGCUCCUCAUCCUCAGGAAGCCCUGGUGCAGCAUCAGGGCCUGCAGAGCUUUAGGAGCCUUCCUGAAGCCGACGCCGCCUCGCCACCAGACCCUCGGAGGACGGAGGCAGGAAAGAGCAAAGGAUACACCACAGAAGAAGAAGAGCUGUACUCCCAGUACUUCUCUUUCUGACCGGCAAAAAAAAACCCAACAAAAAAAACCCCCAACGACCCGAUUCUGUCCAUAAAUGAAGUCGUGGGACAGAGAGCUAAAGUCGGACCACUCGGUGUGAUUCAACCCUGGGGCUUCCAUGGAGAAGGAGGUGGAAACAUCUCUGGUUUGUGUCUUCAUCCGUCCAUCCGUCUGCAAACGAGAUGUCUGCAUGAGCCGAGGAGGUUAAAGCUGGAGUAGGAAGUACUCGUUCAUCAGUAACCCAGCUGAGAUACAACUGCAGCUCCUCAGGCUUCAGGCUUCAGAAGAUCCAACAGGAUGAGUCACCUUUUAGUUCAUGUUGGAGCCAUUUUCAAUCAUUCCUUCACUCAUUUAGAAGAGUUUUAUGUCACUUUGGAGUCAUUUUGGAGAGUUUUAUCAACCUCUUUGGACAAGUUGUCGUUAUUUAGAUAAUUUUGGAGCCAUUUUGUGUCAUUUUCUACAAAGUUAGUCAGUUUGAAGAUGAAUAUCUCCAUGUUUCCUCUCCAGAUGUUUCCUCUCUCCUCUGCUCAUCAGCUGUAGAAAGAUGUUUCACCAUGCUGGAUGGAUCUCCAACACCUCAACGAGUCAUUUUUGGUGUUUUGUGGUUCGUUUGGGUCAUUUUUUGUCUUGUUUUGGUCCAUUUGUGUCUCCUUUAUGUUGUUUUGUGUCUCAUUUUGGUAAGUUUUUUUGCGUCUUUGGCUCAUUUUGUCUCGUUAAGGUCACUUUCUGUGUCCUUUUUGUUGUUUUGUGCCUUGUUUUUCUCAGUUUGUGUCUUUCUUUGGUCCGUUUGUGUCUCAUUUGUGUUGUUUUGUGUCUUGUUUUGGUAAUUUUUGCGUAUUUGGCACAUUUUGUUUCAUUAAGGUCGCUCUCUGUGUUAUUUUUGUUGUCUUGGAUCUCGUUUUUGCCAUUUUCUGUCUUGUUUUGGUCCUUUUGUGUCUCAUUUGUGUUGUUUGAUGUUGUUUUAUGGCUGGUUUGUUGUUUUUUGUCAUUUCGUGGCCAAGUUUGUCGUUUUGUGUCUUGUUUUUCUCAUUUUUGUCUUAUUUUUCUCAUUUAGUGGCUUAUUUUGGUCCAAUUGUGUCUCAUUUGUGUUGUUUCAUAUUGUUUUGUGGCUUGUUUGUUGUCGUUUUUUGUCACUUUGUGGCCUAUUUUGAUGUUUUGUGUCUCAUUUUGGUGAUUUUUUUUGGAGACUUAGGCACAUUUUGUCUUGUUAUGGUGACUUUCUGUCUCCUUUUUGUUGUUUUGUGUCUCGUUUUUGCCAUUUUAUGUCUCGUUUUUAGCAUCUUUUUGUCUCGUUUGUGUCAUUUUCUGUCAAGUUAUUGUCAUGUUGUCUUCUCAUACUGUAUAUAUUUUACGAUUUCCAUGUUUUCUCUUGUCCAAUGUGUCCGAAGCAGAAAAAAAUCUCUCCAAAAUGACUCCAGAAUUCUGUCCAGUCGCUGCUCGGUUGGAUUUACCAAACAGCUGUCAGCAUCUAGAGGUAAAGUUAACAACAGUUUCAGGUUAAAUUCUCAAAUUUCUCCCUACGUUAGCUUUAGCAAAGAUCCACUAAUGCUAGGAAUCGCUAAAGAGGUUUAAAGAAACAGAGUGGUUUGAUUUUUACUAGUGAGAGGCACAGGAAGUAAAAAAAGCAAUCAUACAGGUUGUAAAUGAACUUUAGUUACUCCAAUUUAUUCAGAAAACUCAGAGUCAAGUGAUUUAACCCUCUGAACUCUAAGAAUUUUUACUACAAACCUGAUCAACACAGCUGAGUCACAAAUGGCUUCACAGUUGCGCCAAGGAAAUUAGAAUUUUUUGGUUUUUGCAGAAUUGUAUCAGAGCAAGCGGUAAAUUUUUUAUGUUUUUAUCGACUUUCUUAAUUUUCUUGGUAAAACGUCACAUCACAGAUUAUUACUCCAAGGCUGUUGGAAAGUUGUUUGUUUUCUGGUAAAUGUUGUAAUUUUGACCAUUUUUUAAAAAGACAAUAAGCCUUUUAGACCCGCCGGCGGGGUUUUUUUGGGUUCAGGGGGUUAAAUAAUCAGAUGAAAGUGUUCACUGGAACUCAGCAUCUCAUUAAAAAUCACCAAUAAUUGGAAUUAUAGUUGGAUAAACACUCCCAGACUUCCCGGCUCAUGCAGACGUCCAGUAAACGUCCAGUAAACGUCCAGUAAACGUGUCGUCUAGGAGUCGCUCUUUGCUUGUCAACAUGUGUCUUAACGCUGUACCGUGAUUGGACGGAGUGAUGAUUGCCUUGAUACUCGCCUUUCAUGCUGUUGGUCCAUCCGUCGCAUUGAUCCGUUUCUCUUUCAUUUCUCUGAGGAUGUUCUGCUUGUUUUUUUUUUUUUGUUUGUUUCGGAGGAUCUGCGGUCCACCACGAUACCGACACCAGCAAACAGACUUUAGCUUCCUGUCCCAGAGCUUCAGCUGUACAGUCCAUGUCUGGAAGUCGCGUUCAGAUCUCUGAGCUCGCCGAGGGGCGCCGGAUCGGUCGCCUCAGAGGGGAUCCAUCAGGAAGAACCCAACCCGGCGCCCCUCGUGUUUUUAUUAUUCUAGUAUUUAUAAUGUAAGAAGCUACUGUUUUUCUACGGUCUGUUUGUGAUGCCAGCGGAGCAGAGACCCGGAGGAAGAGUUCCGUCACCGACAUGCAGCCGCUUUUCUUUAAAGCCAAGGAGUGUUUGGUUGCCGUCGGUGUCGGGGCUGUUUGGUCCUCAUCUCUGCCUGCAGGGCAGACCAUAGAGCAUGUGAAAACAGAAACACUAUCAUAAUGCUGCUGUCGCUCACUUGAAACCCUCAUAGCUCCAGUUUUCGGUGUUCUGUCUGUUUUUUUGUUGUUGUUUUUUUUUACUUGAAAAAGUUUACAUGGUUGUCGUGCUGAAGUCCAUUCAGUAAUCUGUACAGUUUCCAAACUGCAUGGUCGUCGUCAGCCGGACAGAGGCUCCGUUUGUUCCGUGUGGAGGGAUGGGAGGUUUCACAGUUUACUCAGCAGCACGUUUCAGUUCGUCUUCCGUAGCGGAAUCUGUCUCCGGCGGUCCAGGAAGUGUUUCAGACGACCUGUCAGAACAGAACAGUCUCACUUCAAACUCACUGACACUGAACAUUUUGUUGCUGAGCUGAAUUUAGUUGAUUUAUUUUAAGCAAAAGCACCUUUAAAGUGGUUUCCAACAGAAGAGAGAACAGCUCUGUGCAAUGAUUAAAAACCAACACUUUAGGUUUACGACGUUAAAAAAGGCUCCACAGUGGGAACUUGGUUCAACAAAAGUCAACACUGAGAUUCAAAUCUUUUAUUCUUUCAGUUCUUCUGCAGAGAUGUUUUCUCAUUCUUCUGCUGCCCUCUGCUGGAGGAGUUGUGUGGCUGAAGGUAUUUCAUUGGAUUUCAGUUGGACAACAAGUUGUAGUUCACCGUUUUCCUCUUUAGAAACUGUUAUUUUGUGUUUUGUAUGUUGUCAUGAUGGAAUAUUCCUCUCAUUCCAGCUUCUGUAGACUGGGAGUCAUCUAGGCUGACAAUAUUUUGGUUUAUCCACAGAAAUUCAUCUAGACAUAUCAUCUUCCCAACACUUCCUACAGCUCCAUAUCAUCACACUCCCACCUCCGUGCUUCAUUCUCAGGACUAUGCAUUCACUGUGGUUCACAAACCGCACUAUUUUUCAUGUUUUUUGGCCAUUUUUAAAAUCUUUUUAUACUUGUUUUGUAUCUUUUGUGGUCACUUUAUUGUUGUUUUACAUCUUUUGUGGUUGUUUUGCAUCUAUUUUUUUUCUCAUUUUGUGUCUGUGUGGUUGUUUUGUGUUUUGGUACAUCCACAGACAUUCAUGGUGCAUCUAUAAAUAUCAUCUCCCCAACACCUUGUCCACUCCUACAGCUCCAUAUCAUCAUCACUCCCACCUCCGUUCUUCACUGUCAGGACCAUGCAUUCACUGUGGUAGUCGCAGUCAGGUUCAUACCCAACAUGUUGGACUCCUUCUGAGCCCACAUUUUUCUUGAUUUCAUCUGACAAUAGAUCAUGCUACCAAUAUUCACCAGACUUCUUUCAUGUUCUGUAGCAAAGUUUUAUCUACAUGGUUUCAGAAACUCUUACAGAAUAUUCAUCUUCUUCCACCUUCUGCAGACAGGGAGUCAUCUAGUCAGACAGUAUUUUGGUUUAUCCACAGACAUUCAUCUAUAAAUAUCAUCUCCUCGACACCUUUUCCACUCAUACAGCUCCAUAUCAUCACACUCCCACCUCCAUGCUUCACUGUCAGGACUAUGCAUCCACUGUGGUGAGGUAACAACCUCAUCUGAGCCAAACAAGUUCAUUUGGUCUCAUCUGACCAAAGAAUGUUCUCCCUACAAUCAUUUGGUGAAACUCAGACUUCCAUUGGUGGUUUUGGUGGAGUUUGAAGCACCUGACCAUCUGUUUUUCACAGCUAAUGUCCAUAGCGCCAUUUUAGCAGGACGACCACCGCAGCCCUGAUUAGUGGUACUAUGACUUGUUCUAUACGUCCUGAUUAGUGCUGCAACUGAGUUUUCACUGAUUUUGUAGUCAGUCACAACACUUUCUUUAUCCUGUUCCAUCCUCUUUUUAGUUCUUUUCCAUGUGGAGCCAUGAUGUAGACAUAGACACAGAUCCAAAACUGAGAGAGUUCACAGCUCAUUUUAGAACAGUGCCGUUUGGUUGAUCAGAAAUCACAGGCGGACUUGUUGCAUUGAGUUUCUACUUUGGAGUUUUCAGUUAGAAGACUUGUUUUUGAUCAUUCACAGGAGGAAAUCAUUCAGUUAUUAUUAAACAGUUUGACAUUCAUGUGAUAUUGCACAACUGUACUCACUUCUGUUGUACCUGUAGACAUUAGGGUUCAUUAAUGGACGUGUUCUUAUGUCUUGUGCCUGAAGAAAGUGUACGAGCGAAAGCAUUUAUACCAGUUUGACAGUUAAGGACUGAAGUAAUGAAACACUUCCUGAAAGCAAGUUAAGACCUCCGGCAGACAGUAAAAUGACACGAAUGCAGCAUCAUGAGGCUGAAGUGAUGCUGAACAUUAUAAUUUAGGAGGUUUAAAUGUAAAUAUUGACUUGCACAGAAACAGUAAAUGAACGCCGAGCCACCGCUGGUUGGUUCCUUCAUGCACACUGUGAAGAUUAUUCAAACUGCUCAGCUCAUUGUUGACAUUUUAGCUUCGAAGUCUGCAUCCGACGACACAGAAGCCUUUUGCCUCUUCUUAGUUUCUUCCUAAUUACACAUUUUCUCACAAUCACGUCCAGUUUUACUGCCUUUCCUGAAGAUUUCAAUAAUCAAAACGACUUUUCCUGUACUUGAUAUUUGGCCAAAAAACAAGAAGAGCAACACAAGAGUGGGAUUGUUGUCCUGGAAACAAGAAGCACAUCCUGGCAGGAAAGUUAAAGGACCAUUCCAGUGUUUUUACGUCGACAGUUGCUGUUUUUUAAUGUAUUUUUACAUUUUCAGUUUACAGGGGGUCCUCAACUUACGUUGCAGUUCCGUUCCUACGGCGCGACGUAAGUCGAUUGUCGUCGUAAGUCGGAACUCCGGCGAAAAUGUCACGAUAUCGAUCAGUUCUUUGGAAAAGUAAUGAAUACCAAUGACCAAAUUCGUCUUCUAGCGCCGCGUGACAAAGUAUUCGUCCCCUCCACGCACCAACUAGUUCCACGUAGUCAGUUCUGACAUAAUGAAACACCGUAGGUCGAGGACGCCGUAAACCGAGGAGCCCCUGUGUUACGAUUUAAAAAUCCCAUUGAGACUUGUUGGUGAAUCAAUCAGUCAACAUAAAAGCUGACAUGGUUUCCACCAUGAUGGUUUGUCAGGUGGAUUUUACAUUUUUUCUUCUUCUGAGCACUUUAUGUCCCUGUUGUUGGAGUAGAUUCUCAGCCAUUCAGGUAAAAGUUCUGCCGUAAGCUGAGAACCCCUGUAUCUAAAAUGUCUUCAAGAACCAAAAUGAGAAGUCGUUGGCAUUCACAGCUAAACUGCUGAGUGAACAUCUAAAAGCACCGGCGUGGUCCUUUAAGUUUUGUUUACUCGUUGGAACUCUGAAAAAGGAGCCAUUUGUUUCUUUAUUUGUUGCUGUUUUGUUUACAUGUUUACAUUGUAUAUUUGCUCCUGUCACUAGCUGUACUGUUUGAUUUGUUAUCUCCUCACAUCUUAUUGUGUUGUUGAUUUUAACGCAUUUUCUUGGAGCCAGUAGAAGCAGAGCUGCAGGCGUCGCCAUCACAUGACGGAUCCCUUAGAGGUUUCUAAACAAACGGGGAUUCAUCUGUUGACAGAGGAAGGUUUUUAUUUCACGCACUCAACCACAGACUUCAACUGUUACCUGUCUUUUUAGUUUUAUAAAUGUGACAAUAAACUGAUCGAGGCUC